AUGUCAUACGUUUCUUCACCCCUUGGUGCAUCCUCAUUGAACACCUCGUCUGGCUCGUCGAGAGCACUGCCCAUACGACCAUCAUUCCCUCACUCUCGCCCUUUGAGACCCUUCGUUUCAAUAUCACAAAGCGCCUCGUCACGCUCAUCAAAAAAACCUGUCAAGUUCAUAGAGCCACCAAAGGACUCCAAGACAGUCUUUGUACUUGACUUGACCCAGGGAGAGCUGAGCAGACAGGAUUAA